CGGAAAUAGCGUCGAGUACAAUCAGAGUAAAAAAACAGUAGUGGACCAAAUCUGGCAUCGUAUUUGCUUCUCUGAGAUUCUUCUGUCGGUUGUGUUGGGAUUGCAGCUAAAUCCUCCAAUAUAUACGAGUUGUUUACUUUGACGCACGGUGGUUUAGUUUAUUCGCAAGAAAGCCCACUCGGAGGAAUAAGAACCGCGCGUUUCCUAUCAUUCCGUCAUUCUCUUGGACGCUUGUCGGUGACUGUCCAUUGCAGGCUGGGCGGUGACAGCAUUACAAUGAUCGAACGACCAGAAACUGCAGUUCCCAGCAUUGCUCAGCGGAACCUGGAGGGCUAUGUGGGAUUUGCUAAUCUUCCCAACCAGGUGUAUCGGAAGUCCGUUAAAAGAGGCUUUGAGUUUACAUUAAUGGUUGUCGGUGAGUCAGGUCUUGGAAAAUCAACACUUAUUAACUCCCUCUUUUUGACUGAUCUUUACUCCAAGGACUACCCUGGGCCAUCACAGCGCAUUAAGAAGACUGUACAGGUAGAGCAGUCAAAGGUGCUCAUAAAAGAAGGGGGGGUCCAGUUGACUCUCACAAUUGUUGAUACACCAGGAUUUGGAGAUGCCGUAGACAACAGUAACUGCUGGCAGCCCGUCAUCAAUUAUAUUGACAGUAAGUGUGAGGACUUCCUAAAUGCAGAAUCAAGGGUGAACCGCAGAUCAAUGCCAGACAACAGGGUCCAUUGCUGUCUAUACUUCAUCGCGCCCUCUGGACACGGAUUAAAGCCACUUGACAUCGAGUUUAUGAAGAGACUCCAUGACAAAGUCAAUGUCAUUCCUCUUAUUGCAAAAGCUGACACUCUGACCCCAGAGGAAUGCCAGCUUUUUAAGAAACAGAUAAUGAAAGAGAUCCAGGAGCACAAAAUCAAAAUUUAUGAAUUCCCAGAUACAGACGAUGAUGAGGACAACAAGCUGAUCCGGAAGAUCAAGGAGAAGAUGCCGCUGGCUGUGGUUGGCAGCAACGUGGUAAUCGAAGUGAAUGGGAAGAAGGUCAGAGGUCGCCAGUACCCGUGGGGUGUGGCAGAAGAGGGCAUAUUUGUGGAGAAUGGGGAACACUGUGACUUUACUGUGUUGCGCAACAUGUUAAUCAGGACCCACAUGCAGGAUCUGAAGGAUGUCACCAACAACGUUCACUAUGAAAAUUACCGCAGUAAGAAACUUGCAGCUGUCACCUGUAAUGGAGUGGAUAACACCAAGACCAAGGGACAACUUACCAAGAGUCCCUUGGCACAGAUGGAAGAAGAGCGGAGGGAACAUGUGAUGAAAAUGAAGAAGAUGGAGGCAGAAAUGGAACAAGUCUUUGAAAUGAAGGUUAAGGAGAAGAAGCAGAAACUGAAGGAUUCGGAGGCUGAGCUCGAGCGACGUCACGAACAAAUGAAAAGGAACCUGGAGGCACAGUACAAAGAGCUUGAGGAGAAGAGGCGAGUGUAUGAAGAUGAGAAGGCCAACUGGGAGGCUCACCAGAGAAUCAUUGAGCAGCAGAAAUUGGAUGCCUCUAAGACAAUGGAGAAGAACAAGAAGAAAGGAAAAAUCUUUUGAAGGGCUGAUUUUGCUCCUCUUAAGUACCAGCUGUGGCCCUAAAAUCCUUCUUUUUUUGCUCACUCUUUCACACUUUCUCUCUCAUACCAACACACACACACACACACACACACACACACACACACACACACACACACACACACACACACACAGUAUUGUUUUUUUGGCAUUUCAGAUGUGACAUGGCAUAUACACAGCCAUGCAAAAUGUUUCAUGAUGAACACCUGUGAUUUUAUUGGCGAAUUCACGUGUAUGUAACAUUGUGUUCCUCUUUAUUUGUCCUGACAAAGAGGAGCUAAUCCCGAGUUCCUCUGAGCUACAGUCUUAGCGUUAACUCAUGGUGGGGACCAUGCAUUUAUAAACGUUUUUAGUGUUAGUCCUUUGAGCUCUAGAUAUUCUUAGAUUCCACUCUCCUACACUCCUUGUAUUCAAAUAGACUCAAUAGUACUAAAUAAUUUUGCAAAUAUGUUGGGAGAACACUUGGUGUAUGUGUAAAAUGCUUAAAAAUGCUUUUUUUUUUUUUACAGUUUGAACAACGAAUGAGAAGGAACCAUUUCCUAAAAUUUAACAUCUUAAUCGGGAAUAAUAAAUGUAAUUUUGCAUUAAAAAGUACGACAGCUAAGGAGCCUACUGGUGUAAAACAGAACACUGGUGAUUUGCGAUGCUAUUAAUUUUAGGCGGCUUUCAAACUGUACUGGUGUGGUCUAAUAAAUUUGUUAAGCGCUACAAGUCAAGUUAACUGACUCAGGGGACUGCUACAAAAUUGAGGUUGGAAAUAAGACCCAGUCAAAAACUAGGCAUUGCACUGAAGCCAAUAACCUCUCAAAACACAUGGCUGAAGUAGUGUCGUCUCAUAGAAGCGAACUCAUCGAUAGAGCUGACACCAUGAGGGUCUCAACAUGCCAUCAAUCUGAGACUGUCGGUAGGUGUCAUGCUUCUUAUUCGAGUUACCUCAGGUACCAGUUAGCAAACAGACAUUGUGCUCAUAACACCAAAUGUUGAUUCUUGUUGAUUGGUGAACACUAUUAAAGCUGCAGACUGUAUGUGAAGAAAAUAAAUGCCAAUUACUCACCACCCACUCAUGACAUUUUACAUGAUUAGGUCUGAAGGGAAUCAGGAUUCAGUGUGUUUUGGUUAUCUGUGUGUUUUAAGGUCUAGACAGCUCAAAGAGGGCCGGAGGGAUUUGUAACCACAAAGUUGUCCUUGCAGUGUUUCUGAGUUGAACUUAAGAUAUUAUGCAAAAGCCUCAUUGGUGUCUAUAUAUAUAUAUAUGGAGUUUUCCAGAUUACAGUCAUUGCUUAAAAAAAAGAAGUUUUAUAUUGUGAUGUAACAAGUGAUGAGUGUUGUCAAGGACUUGAACCAGAUUAUGGCAAAUGUUUUCACUUGUGGUAAAAGAAUAGAAGUGAACAAGAAAAAAGAGAUUCCCUUAACAUUUCCUUCACCCUGUACUCCAAAGUGAAAACAAGUGUUUUAGAGACAUCUAAAAUAGCCUUAUCUCAGAUAUUACUGUAAUAUAGUAUCAAAAUGCUUCCACAAAACCAACAAAGCUUGCUUGUCAAAUAGAAUAUUGUAUGUUCAGGCCAGAAGGGGAAUGCUUUGAACCUUUACUAUUUCUUACCCAGAUUUGUCAUGUUUUAUUUUCUUAUGACAGUAUAAUGCGUGUGGAAAAAGGACGGCUCCCGUAUAGUUUUCUUAACAUUUAUAUGAAUCCAGUAUCUUUCUAUAUUUUCCAUGCUGCAUGGAGUGUUCUUGGUGGAUUAACAGCAGAUACUAAAGGGACAAACACAAGACCUUAGCACGUACAUAUUGCUUCGGGGUAUGAUAGAUAACAAAUAGUGUGUACAUAUUGGAGGCUGUUCAAUUGCCUUUUCUUUUUGUGUGAUGUGUGUUUUGCUUAUUUGUUUUCAAGAACUCUUAAUCCUAGAAAUAACCACUGAACAUGUUAUUUGAAAGACAGUGGAAGAACUAACUGUAAUACAGACAACAUAUGAAUUUAUGAAUCCCAGAACCUCUCCAUUGUUCAUAAUUUUUUUAUUUUAUCAUUAUUAUUCAUCAAUUUUCACAAAAGUGGUAGGCAUUUCCGUUGACUCAUUAAAAUUGCUGGACCUUCUGGUAAGUGCAUUUUUAAAAGUUUACUUUUUAUGUUAGUUUUCUCCUAGCUUGUGUUAUCAGGUAUCCUGUCUGUUACUGUACAUUUAUGUUAUUAAAAUUGACAAAGUUCUAACCCCUA